AUGCCUCCCAAGAAGGCCGUUGUCGAGGAGAAGAUUCCUCUGGGAAGGCCUGGCAACAACUUGAAGAGUGGCAUUGUCGGCCUCGCCAACGUCGGCAAAUCUACCCUCUUCCAGGCCAUCACAAAGUGCAACCUUGGCAACCCAGCUAACUUUCCCUAUGCCACCAUUGAUCCCGAAGAAGCUCGUGUCAUCGUCCCCGAUGAGCGAUUCGACUGGCUCGUUGAGAAAUACAAGCCCAAGUCCGUCGUCCCCGCCAACUUGACCAUCUAUGAUAUUGCCGGUCUCACUCGCGGAUCUUCUACCGGAGCUGGUCUUGGAAACGCUUUCCUUUCCCACAUCCGCGCUGUCGAUGCCAUCUUCCAGGUCGUCCGAUGCUUCGACGAUGCUGAGAUUAUCCACGUCGAGGGUGAUGUCAACCCUACCCGUGAUCUGGACAUUAUCAGCGAGGAGCUAAGACUCAAGGAUAUUGAGUUUGUCGAGAAGGCUCUCGAGAACCAGAAGAAGAAGACUCGCAUGGGUGGCCAGAGUCUUGAGCUGAAGAAGGCUAAGAUUGAACAGGAGAUAAUUGAGAAGAUCUUGGCCUGGCUUCAGGACGGCAAGGAAGUCCGCAAGGGUAACUGGGCUCCCAAGGAGAUUGAGGUCAUCAACCCUCUGUUCCUGUUGACAGCCAAGCCUGUCAUCUACCUUGUCAACUUGUCUGAGAAGGACUAUAUCAGAAAGAAGAACAAGUACCUGCCCAAGGUUGCCGAGUGGAUCAAGGAGCACGCCGAAGGCGACCCCAUCAUCCCCAUCUCCGUCUCAUUCGAGGAGCGCUUGACCCGCUUCGAGACUGAGGAGGAGGCCAAGGAGGAGCAGAAGAAGGUUGGCGCCGAGUCUGCUCUGCCCAAGCUGAUUGUCCAGAUGCGCAAGGCUCUGCAGCUGGGCAGCUUCUUCACAACCGGUGCCGACGAGGUCCGCCAGUGGACCAUCCGCAACGGCACCAAGGCUCCCCAGGCUGCCGGUGUCAUCCACGGCGACUUUGAGAAGACGUUUAUCCAGGCCGUUGUCUACAACUACACCGCCAUCAAGGAGCUCGGUGACGAAGCCGAGGUCAGGGCCAAGGGCAAGAUUAUGACCAAGGGCAAGGAUUACGUCGUUGAGGAUGGUGACAUUAUCCUCUUCAAGGCCGGUGCUGCCAAGGGUUAA